UGCUCUUGUGCAUGCGUCACGGGUGGGCGGGGCUACAGCGUUACGGCGGAAGCGGCGCAGUGUCACAGUGAGCUGCAGCUUUUCACUUACUAAACGCCUCAAAAACAGAAAAAAACAUGAAGAUCUGGACGUCGGAGCACAUUUUCAAUCACCCGUGGGAAACGGUGACCAAAGCUGCCAUGCAGAAGUACCCGAACCCCAUGAACCCCAGUGUUUUUGGAGUGGAUGUGUUGGAUCGUGACGUGGACCAACAGGGGCGUCUGCACAGCAAACGUCUGCUCAGCACUGAGUGGGGGCUGCCGUCCAUCGUCAGAUCUAUUAUUGGUAAUGCACGGACAUGUAUGUACAUCCAGGAACACUCCAUAGUAGACCCUAAAGAGAAGAGUUUUGAACUUCAGUCCACUAAUAUCACCUUCACUAACGUGGUGUCUGUGGAUGAACGGCUGACGUACAGACCGCACCCGGACGACCCAGAGAAGACUAUGCUCACUCAGGAGGCCAUCAUCUCUGUGAAGGGUGUCAGUCUGAGCAGCUAUCUGGAGGGAUUAAUGGCCUCCACCAUCUCGACCAACGCAGGAAAGGGGCGUGAGGCGAUGGAGUGGGUGAUCAGGCGUUUGAACAUCGAGAUCGAAGAGUUGGCCAUCACAGCGAGGGAACCAUGAGAACGCCCAUGGCUGCUGCGGUCAUGGAAAAAUGAGCAGCUCCUGUGCAAUCAGCCGUCCUCUCUUUCGCUGCACUUCACUGUGUCUUGGAAGUUUAUCCUCAGCGUCCCCUCACAUUCAAGCGUCGAGGUGCGUUCGCGACAGAGAGAGGCAAGAGAACUGUGGGACUAACGGUGCUGUCGACGCAAAACAAGAACCUGAAGGGGACACAAAUAUAACAAACUCUCAAACUAUUUGCAAUUUUAAUGUAUCGUAUAACUGGACACGCACAGGCGAAUACAAUGCGGCACGACUGGUUGUGUCUGUUAGCCAAACACGCCAACUUAAACUCUGUUACAUGCCACUCUACCCGUCGGAGGGCAAAGAGUGCGCUUGCCAGGAUACGCUGGGCAGUUUCUUCACCAGCACUUAUGCACUUGAAAGUUAUUAACAUUGUUAAAAUAUUUAUUUUUAGUAUCAUUAUAUUCAUAAUACUUGCGCAUCAAGGAAGGGAACAAACUAAUCCAGACAAGUCGUUUUAAUCUGAAUAAUUGCGGAGGACCAUCUCAGAAGUAUCUCCGUUCUUUAUAACGUGUGUGUGUCUGUGUGUGUUUGUUGUGUUGGGCUGAUACUGGAGCUGCUCAGAAGAUCAUCGGAUGCUUCAGAAUAGUGUUGUCUAAGGUACGAAGUCGGUACUGAAAUUGUAAAAAUGUGGCGCUUUGAGUGCUGUUGAGCGGAAUCGUAAGCGCCUCUGAUUGGCCAUUGUGUUCACGUGCUCAUCGGAUAUGUCUGUGAUUGGCUACAAUGAUCAGCGCUUCAAAAACAUGUUGUAAAUAUACAUCAAUGCCGCUCUUCACCGAGCGCUUGCACAGAUAAGGUGCGUACACACUGCCAGCGACAUCGCGCGCGACAGCGACUCCAUCCCAUUCAUUUUCAAUGAGAGCACAGCGACUUCUGGCAACUAGAUGUGGGCGUGUCCAGCGACACGACAAAGUUGAGACCAGUUCAACUUUAUUCAAAUGAAGAGCGACUAACGGAAGCGACAGCCAAUAGGAGAGAAGACGGGAGAGCUCACGUGAUCCUUCUCUCUCUCUCUCUCUCUCUCUCUCUCUCUCUCUCUCUCUCUCUCUCUCUCUCUCUCUCUCUCUCUCUCUCAGCUCCUGCAGUAACGGGGGAAAGAUGGAUGAAAGGCUAAUUCUUGCUGUUAGCAAUGUUCCAGUGCUCUAUGAUAUGUCUCUUCCCAUGUACAAGGACAUUUUUAAGAAAAAUACUGCGUGGAAAGGUGUAUCUGAGAUCACUGGGAUUUUAUGGACCCAGACAGACCGGCGUUUGCGUUUUCGCCGCAGAUAAACCGCCGCUAUGGCAAACAGCACGCCUUGUUUCUCAUUCAUCUUUGAUAUAAAGCAUUUUAUGUACCGAUUCCAUUUACAUUUAGUCUUUUCUCUCCAAAAUGUUUGUUUUUAGUGGCAAGAAAAGAGAUUCGCUGUCAACAGCAAUGUAAUAACAUCCGUGAAUGUCAUUUAUAAACGUUACUAGGCAACCAGUAGUGGGAACGCCCACUAGCGACUUCACCGCCAGCCACUGGCGACCUGCAGAGACACAGUCACCGGCAGUGUGUGCGCAGCUUUACACACGGGAGCGUUUUGAAAGCAGGACCGGUCCCCUCCCGUGUGUUGAUCAUUGUAGCCAAUCACAGACAUAUCUGAUGAGUGCGUGAACACAAUGGCCAAUCAGAGGCGUUUACGAUUCUGCUCAACAGCGCUCAAAGCUUGGUACCGAAGUCGGUACUUUAGACAACACUACUUCAGAAACAUGUCACGUGAUAAAACGGUGCCUCCGUCAGAGCACUAUAUACUAAACUACAGCAUGCUCUUGUUGCACCAGCCGUUUUCUCCAGGGUGUGUUGCACAUUGAGCAGGUGUUACUGACUAAUGCAACAAUCUUCCACAUCCUGCAAAUUAUUUGGCUUCAUUUGAACUAAAGAUGGGCCAGUCGUGAUGUUGAAUCCAAACCCAAGGCCAAAAUGCGCUGGUGCAACUAUCUGAUAUAAGAGGAUGAAAAACAUUUAAUUUAUUUAAUUUAUAUUUUGAAGGUUUAUGUUGUUUAAUGCCUUGGUGACGUGCAUCCACAAAUCACAAGGGAUGGAUGACCGACCGGGCCAAUGGGGCCAGUGCCCAGGGGCCCUUGACUGCCCCCCAACCCCCACCCCCUCGCUCAACUUUUGGGUGGAGGGGGGCCCUUGGAGAUAAUUAGCCCCAGAGCCUUUGCAAGUUAUAAUCCGUCCCUGUCUUCAUUGUCAGUGAUGAUAAAAACCUCAACUGAGGAUCUGCUGUUGGACGGGAUUAUUAACUGAAUGUAACAGUGAAUGUCUUUGAUGUAAAGUUCUGUUUGUGGUUUAUUACUUCCACUUUAUCCCUUUUGAACUGAAUUUGCAUUGAAGAGCCACUAUUGGUGAAGUUUACGUCUCUGAAACAUUGUGACUAACUAAAAUAAAACUAUUGCAUUUAAACAACAUAUUUAUACAGAAUGUAAAUAGUUUGUCACUUGUUUUAUUUCUCUGAAAUUGGUGGAAACUGGAGGUGUUUUAGAUAUAAUUUUGACUUCUGUAGUCCAUCUUAGAGUUGUAUGUAUUAGUUAUAAUAAAAGGUCACUGAAAUGGAGAAUGACAGCUGUCAAUCAUCCAUUCUGAUGGAGCAAUCCCAAUGAAAGCUGUUUAAAGAUACUGAAAUAAACUAA